ACGGCAUUUUACAUACCGCCGUUGAUUAUGGGUAGUGCAUAAACGUUUUAGCAGUGUUGAAAAGUGUUUGUUUGCUCGUCUGUUAUUGUAUCGAUCUCUAUUCCUAUAUUUUGUCAGCAUCAUCGUAAAUAAAAGGUCCAACAAAAUGUAUAAGCCGGAAACGAGUUAUGAAGAAUUCUUGAAGUCAGAACAAGAAAAGUAUCCGGAAUUAAAUUUAAAAGACAUCGAGGCGCUAAAAGAGCGAUUGAAAGAAAACACUGAUUUACCUCCUAUACGAGAAAAAUUAAUCGUCAUGUUCCUCCACAGUAGUUACUUUGAUGUGGACGUGGCGUAUAACACAAUCGUUGCUAAUUACAAGUACCGUAAAGAACUGCCACAAGUUUUUGAAAAUUACGAUCCAUCGUCUGAAGAUAUGAAACAGGUCUUCGACAGCAUGAGCAUUUCGAUAGUGUACAAUCCAAGUACUGGCAAACAAGAGCGCAUCCUUUACACAAAUUUCAAAAGUACCGAUCCUCGAGAAUACGAUUACGUGCGUUGUGUUAGAUACUUUUUUAUGAUGUUGGAAUAUUUGAUGGUUACAAGUGGCACAUUUGACGGGCUGGUAUUAACAAUGAACAGUAAAGGCGUAUGUUGGCGGCAUAUUACCAAGACGCCGAUGAAUACAAUGAAAAAAUUACUCGGAUUCGUACAAGAAGCAUUGCCAGUGCGACUUAAAGAAGUGCAUGUUUUAAAUGCUGGAUCAAUAAUUAGUAUGCUAUUUAACAUAAUAAGACCGUUUAUGAAGAGUAAUCUUAUGAACCUGUUGAAAGUUUUUCCUGAGAAUUCAACCGAAAUUUUCAAUCACGUACCCAUCGAUAUAAUGCCGCAAGAAAUGGGGGGCAAUGGAAAAUCACAUUAUGAAUAUACUGAAGAAACGUACAAUCAAAUGCUCUCUGCUCGUGAUUAUAUUUUGUCUCUAUAAAUUAAUAAUUCAACUAUGAAAUCAUAUUUGUUUUUUUAUAUAAUGCGCUAACAAUGAAAUCAUACAUGAUACAUGCUACGGAGUAGAUAUAA